ACCUUCUUUUGAUUCUUUCUUUCAUCAACUGCAGUCGUGCCAAAGGCAAUAUGUGACAAACGCAAGAAUAUGGAGACCAGGCAAUCCCACGCCGUUCCCCUCGUAGUUGUCAACGCCGCAGUCAAACCCAGAUAUGAACCAAGUCCAGCUCGAAAAAUGCAACCACCGCUGUCCCAAUAACUUAGAGACGGCGACCACGGCGACCACCCUUGCGGCGAGUAGAGUCAGAGGGAGUGGGGGUAACGUCCUCAAUGCGGCCGAUCUUCAUGCCGGAGCGGGCAAGGGCACGGAGAGCGGACUGGGCACCGGGGCCGGGAGUCUUGGUACCGUUACCUAUUCAAAUUGAUCAGCGAUUGAUUCGACAAUUGGGUGCAUUUGUGGGUUACAUACCACCAGUGGCACGGAUCUUGAUGUGGAGGGCAGUGAUGCCGAGCUCCUUGCAGCGGGCCGCAACGUCCUGAGCAGCCAACAUGGCAGCGUAGGGAGAGGACUCAUCACGAUCGGCCUUGACCUUCAUACCACCGGUAACACGGCAGAUGGUUUCGCGGCCACUGGAAUCACCCAAAGUUAGCCUCUGAACCUCAACCUUUCAUGUCUUGCUUUCCCACGAACACCAGGCGUCGAGUCCUCCUCUUGUCGCCCAAUGUUGCCAUGUAUUCCAUAUUCAGGAGCCUACAAACCUCAGAUCGGUGACGUGGACGAAGGUGUCGUUGAACGAGGCGAAGAUUCUCGCAACUAAGCCGGAACUGUUAGCGAUGACGAGCUCCCAACCGAACCAUCCUGAUGAGGAAAAACGUACCGCCAAAGACAAGUUCACCCUCGCGAACCUGGGGGCCGAGGGAGAUGUUCUCCUGGGCAGGACGGGCGACCUUCUUGGGGGGCAUUUUGACUGGUGAUCCGGAAACUUGACCUGGGAAUUUGCGGUUGUAGUUUCGAAGUGGACAAUCCCCAGAUAUUCGGAAUUUUUGGCAGGCAGUGGUGCGGUGAAGAGUCGCCGUGUGGAGUUUGGCGGUGUGGGAAUGCAGAAAAGAGAGGUGCGGGGCCACAAAUAAUUUGCGAGUGGAAAGCCCUAAGUAACACCGUACCGACCGCCCCACCCAAGCUCCCAAUUCGCCAACCCUUUUUCUCGCGACCACCGCUGAAAAUUCUUUCUCGCUGCUUCUUUGCAACGCACGACAACCUUCGCCGACGUCGACAACCGGAACAAUGGCCGCUACUUCCGUCCCCACCCAGAACGACAUUCUCGUUCCCGAGACUCUCCUGAAGAAGCGCAAGUCGCAGGAGAAGGCCCGCGCUGAGCGCGCUGCCGAGCUCGAGAAGGCCAAGGCUGCCCGCAAGGAGAAGCGUGGUGUCAUCUUUAAGCGUGCCGAGAAGUACGUUAAGGAGUACCGCGACACCGAGCGCGAGAAGAUUCGCCUCCAGCGCGCUGCGAAGCAGGAUGGUGCCUUCCACAUCCCCGCUGAGGCCAAGUUGAUCUUCAUUGUCCGCAUCAAGGGUAUCAACAAGAUUGCCCCCAAGCCCCGCAAGAUCCUUCAGCUUCUCCGUCUCCUCCAGAUCAACAACGGUGUCUUCGUCCGCGUCACCAAGGCCACCGCUGAGAUGAUCAAGGUUGUCGAGCCGUGGGUUGCCUACGGUUACCCCAACCUCAAGAGCGUCAAGGAGCUCAUCUACAAGCGCGGAUAUGGCAAGGUCAACGGCCAGCGCAUUGCCCUCACCGACAACAGCAUCGUCGAGGAGAACCUUGGCAAGUACGGCAUCAUCUGUAUCGAGGAUCUCAUCCACGAGAUCGUCACCGUCGGCCCCAACUUCAAGCAGGCUGCCAACUUUCUCUGGCCCUUCAAGCUUAGCAACCCCAACGGUGGCUUCCGUCCCCGCAAGUUCAAGCACUUCAUCGAGGGUGGUGACCUUGGCAACCGUGAGGAGCACAUCAACGCUCUCAUCCGCCAGAUGAACUAAGUUGGGGGACUUUGAUGGUUUUGCGGUUUUGUCUUUGGUCAUGAGAAUUGGCAUGGGUGCAUGGCGUUAAAUGGAAGCCGGGUUGGGUGGCUCCGGGGAAUCAAUACCACAACACGAAGUCGUUCUUGCACACCACUCUUCCCACAGUUGAUGAAGUAGAUUGCCCCCUUACUGGCCAGGACGCAGCCCAAUUCUAUGAAGCUGUUGCUCAAUGUGUUUCCGCCCCCUGAUAUGAAGUGAUUUGAACAACGUCCAGGCAUUGAUGUCUAUUAUUACAUAGGUCUUCCCCAAAUAAGUAGCCCUA